CAACUACACAGACUGCUCCUGCUAUGAAGGCUACCGAUUGCUAGACCAGUUACAGAUGUGAAGUUUGCAGGAAGAACACGUUUAAGAGAGACGUGUCGAACGAUUGCGAGGAAUGUCCACAGCAUUCGCACACUAACGGCAUCGCAAAGUCCUCGCUGGGAGACUGCAUUUGUGACGAUGGCUUCAAGGGUGAUCCGGGUAGACGAAUAGCCUGCGUAGACAUCAACGAAUGCGAUUAUGACAAUUUCGGCUGCUCGCACAUAUGUUGGAAUGUUGCGGGUACGGCAUACUGUACCUGCCCGCUGGGAUACGUACUAGGCGACGACCAGAAAACAUGCGAAGAUUUAAACGAGUGUCUACAGAACAAUGGCGGAUGUGAACAAAGGUGCGUCAAUACGGAAGGAUCCUACUACUGCACAUGCGCAGCCGGAUUCACGCGGAGUAACGGAACAUGCGUUGGCGUCUCCGGCCUGGGUGCUGCGCAGCGCUGUCUUCCCGGCGGGAGUGACUGAGAUCGAGUGGUCGGCGUACAGCACUGACAGACUUAAGCGUGACGAGUGUACGAUGAAGGUACACGUGCUGGACAAACAGCUGCCAUCUGUGUCCAGAUGCCCGGCCUCUAUUGAAGUGGUGACGAGCGAGGAGGUGCAGGAGUCCCAAAAUUACCCGCCCGCCGUCUCUUGGCAGGAGCCGGAGUUUACUGACAAUGUUCACGUGCAGUCCGUCUCGAAAACUCACGAGCCGGGAGAGAGGUUCGAACGCGGUGAUUUUGUCGUCAAAUAUGUAGCGACCGACUCAUCAGGAAACGAGGCGACGUGCGAGUUCGGUGUCAGUAUAAAAUGGCGCGAAUGCGACCCGCCCACGGGACCGGAGAACGGCAAUCCCAACUGCGUCAAGUGGAUGUACGGCAUGUUCUGCAAGCCGACGUGUAACGAGAGCUACACGGGCUACCAGCUAGCGGGCCACAAGGUGUACAUGUGCGGCGGAGACGCGACGUGGUACCCAUCCCGCCACAUGCCAGACUGCACACCGUAUACGCGAUACAUCAGAAAUGUGUCCUGCACACCUGGUUACGAACCUCGUCUGAGCGACUACAAAUGCGUCGCAUGUCCGCGUGGCAAGUACCUCCCGGAGAACGCCACCACGUGCGUUCCCUGCGAGAUCGGCACCUAUCAGGACGAGUUCGGACAGACGUCGUGCAAGCGCUGCCCCGCCGGCCGCGGCUCAAAGGCAGACGCCAGAAACGCGGAGGAGUGCGGCGAGGCGCGCAUGCGCAGAAACUCCAAUAAGAACCGGCGGCGGAGAAGAAAGAAGCGUCGGCAUUCGAGCGCGCGAUCAUAAUGCACAGUUCGUUGUAUCAGAUGAGCAUAUCCGAGAGAGGGAGAACGAGAGAACGACAACUACAUAAUAUACGGGGGGAGAACGCGGGGAAAGGGAAGUGCAUCGAGAUAGAUUAGAAGAUAGAUAUAAUCAUUAACCCACGUACGUUGAGUUGAUGAUUUAGAAUGACAAAUGCAGGUAAAGUGAUAGGGAGAAUGAGAGUGGAAGCGGAGAUGGGUAAAAAACGCUUUCCCGGCCAUAGACAGCAGAUGCAUCUUGUAGCAGGUAGUUUAGGUAGACUAGAACCGCUUCUACUUGGCACUAUCAAAAGGAAAGGUGCAAUAUAUUCCCCCCAAAAUACAAACGUUAUAUAUCAAUGUAUCUAUAACUACUAUAUCAUUCGUCAUUAGCGGGGAGUAUCAGUGAGCCAGGAAAGUAGGUAUGACAGUUCUAGCCGAGUGUAGGCUUAUGUGUGUAUAUGUAACGUGUGGACCAAACUUACAUUCGCGCGAUCGAGUCUAUAGCUGCGAUGCGAAGACCAGAUUUUAAGGACAGAAUCGUAGAUAAUGGUUACUAGGAUACCUUAUAUACAUGCACCUGAUAAAGCUUUUAUAGCUUAUUCACGUAUACUGAUGUUAAGGAUAUGCACAAAUAAUAUAGUUCCCGGUUUUUUCACUAAAUGUGUUGCUAGAAAUUAAGCACAGUUAUGCAUUAGGCACAAGUGAUUACGUAAAAGUUACAUGCCACAUAUAUUAUUCAGCAAUGAUGUUAUAGCAAGCCAACAUAAUAUAUAACAUUGACUCUGACUUUAUCUGUGAUGUAGUUAAACUAUUGCGAUUAUCAUCUAGUAAUUUGUGUUUUCAAUGAAAUUUUCACGUGUACAAACAUAGGCGUGAUGAUACCUAAGAUAGGUACAAAUAUGUAGAGCUAGUUAAGCAUAUAAACGGCACAAUAUAGUUUACGCUGAAAUCUCGUGUGUCUCGUUACUUGUUGUAACUAAGAUACAAGUCUGUUGUAUCUAAAUAUAUCCAUCUAUGUACGUCUGUUUAACUCUAAUGAUAGCAUUUCUGCAGUGUGCACAUUAAACAGUACUACACGAAUAAGACGCGUCAAAGCGGUGCUUCCAGAUCUGUAGGUUUUGCCAUGCAAUAAUAAAAUAGACAGGUUUAUUUGGCCCUUGCAUAUCCUGCUGGGAAGAGAACCAACAACAAUACAAAGUAUGGUUAGCAAUACCUUUGCGUCACAGUAAAAUCGCAUAGCUGCGCAGUACAGAUAAAUCAACGAUGUGUAAAAUAGUCAAUAGAUCAACAAAUAAAUCAACUAAUCAACGAGUCAAUCAAUAUCUCGGUUAAUUAGUUUAGCAGAUCGAUAAUUAAUUUUAAAAACGUUAAUCAAUAACUAAACGGGUAAAGUUUACGUUGAGUUUCAUUCUCGGACAGACUUUUUACUGGAUAUUGGCUAUUAUCUGUAAUCGUGUGCUUUAUAUAGUUGAAGGUCCGUUUUGGCUGUUGGCUUUAAUUAGAAAUUAUUCGGCUUUUAUUCGAUAUUACAAAAAAAAGAAAUAUGUGAGAGGAGUGUCUUUUUACAAAACAGUUUUUUGACGUAGUAAGUUACUUUUAGCGUAGUAAGUUAGGCGUAUAAGUUAGGAGUAUAAAUUAGGCGUAUAAUAGGCGUAUAAACUCGUAAUUCUUCUAGUGUUGGACAAACCGUCGAUACCGAAAUAAUUUUAUACUGCUGAUCAGUUAAUGUAAUGGUUUCAGGUAACUACAAAUCUACACCUAAUGCCGCAUGACAUAAUUUCGUGAAAUCACUACUGACCAGCUCCUUCGCGUAUCUGUGCCUUCGUAUACUUACACAAACACAAACACACACACACACACACACACACACACACACACACACACACACACACACACAUGCACGCACACACAGCACAGACCCGUAAUAUAUAUCGUCAGAACCAAAGAACCAGGGAAAUGUCUACUCUAGCAAACUGAUAUUUCAUAAUUGAGUGAACCAUGCCUGUUUUUUUGCUGCACGAUGUCAUAUCCGUUACAUUCUGCCUGAAUCAGUAUUCAUUUAUUGGCUGCUGGUUGGUAUCAUAGAUGGCAGUCACCAGGGUAUAUCUUUGAGAAUUAAAACAAGCCAGUUCUUGUACAAAGCCAGUACAUAUUAUAUAAGAAUGGACGAGUAUGCUUCCUGUCACUUGUACAAAUAAAGAACAACGUCAACCUUAA